GCAUCUAUGCUAGGUGUCCAUAACGAAACCGUGUAUUCGUUCUCAACCCUGCUUUGCUCCACUUCGUCUUACUAAUGAGUGAUCAUUUCACCAUGAUCCACCCUCGUUGGUCCCCAAAGUCGCUAUUACCCAUCUUCACACAUAGUUCGUAUGGCUCGUCACAGCCGCCUCUACGGGCGUUAGUGAUUGGCUCUCAGCCAUCGUCCUCCGCGUCGCCAGAGCCGCCUCAUUCCCUACCCUCCAAUUACGCCCUCUUCCCUGACCCUUCCCCUCCCACCUCCAUCUUCGCUCCCGUCCCUUGGGCUUCCAGACUCUACUACACCGACCCCGCUCACAUGUACGACCGCCUCGUCAGCGCCAACACAGACAACUUCCACGACGACUUCCCCAUGUUUAUCAUAGCACUUCUCCUUGCUGGGUGGGAAUACCCAAUUAGGAGUGCGUGCUAUGGCAUGGUGUAUUUGGGUGGACGUGUGUGUUGGACGCUGGGGUUUACGACGGGUGACCUGGCGACGACGAUCUUAGGUUAGUUUCUUUAUUUGGGAAAUUUAGAGUUGGUGUUCUUGAGUUAUUGUGCGUUCUUGGCGUUCUUGGAGGCCAUGGACUGCCGAUAAACAUCCACUCGAACCCCCUA